AUGAACUCAAGUAACAAUCCUGUGCAGGGCACUCAGGUGGCUCGUUUUGCAUGUGAUUAUUGCCGGCAGAAGAAGUUCAGGGAACUGCCAAAGUGCAGUGCAUGCCUUCCGUGGCCUGGGCCUUGCAACUAUUCUCGCGAUCGCCUUAAGUCUGCCCCAACUCAAAGCCAGCCUAGUUCGGUGCCAACCCAAGGACAACCAGGAACUCAGAGCAACGAGCCAACGCCUCAGCCAGCAGUCACACAAAUUGAUCUCACGGUAGAAUCUCGACUUUGCAGCAUAGAACACAAACUUGACCGCUUAGCUUCGUUGGUGGAAAAGGCUGUCUUGCGAGCUGCAUCCGAGAAGAAAUCGGAAAGCGAUGCUCAGACGCCGUCGCGGGCCAACCAGGCGAGCAGUCAAACCGAUUCUCGGGUUCCGAAGCUGUUCAUUGGCGAGUCUCAUUCUUUCUCUUUCGUUAGAGAGGCAACUGAAAACCUCCGGUCCACGCCUGGAAUACCUGGUCCUUCGUCUCGGCAAGAGGCGGACGCUCAGUCUGAGCUCCAGUUUCUAUCAACGUCCCUGACUACCGCGACACUUGAGCCCGGGCAUAACUCACAUAUGUCAGGGCUCCAUGUACCUUCCAGAGCCAUAGGCUACAAGCUUAUUGGAACCUUUUUAGAACACGCGCCAAAAGGCGAGCCAUUCUUUGUCACACCUUCAGAGGAGCUUCUGAAGCAGAUAGUCUUCAAUCCUGAUAAAGUCUCUCAGAAGGCUUGGUUGGUCUAUUUCAACUACAUCAUGUUAGCUCAAGUUUCUCCAGAGAAACAAGACCAUGGAGAAGAAGCUGCGAGAUUUCGCCAGAACAUGCGGAUCGCCUUGAACGACAGCCGCAUAUUCUUGGAACCACGACAAGUUAAUGUCCAAGCAUUAGCUCUGCUGGCUGUUCAUGGCGAGGACUACGCCUCUCCGAACUUGUCGUGGAUGCUGGUCGGCCAUGCUUGUCGCCAAGCAGAGGCUCUCGGCUUACAUUUGCCAACGCCUAGAGAUGUUGAAUCCUAUCAGCGAAGUCUCUCGAUGUUUUGGCUUCUUUUCGUAUUGGAUAAGUCGUGUGCCCUUGCAUUUGGUCGAUCCCCGUUCCUUCCGAUGAAACUCUACCAAGAGGUUCCAUUGCCUGAUUUCAGCUAUCUGCUCAAGUUCCAACCACAUCUCGAUUCGGAUUUCAGCAGUGCACCACCGGCUGCUCGUCCGUCUGAGUUUGGAGCACACUUCUUCAUCAGGGGUAUUAAGUUAGCCAGGAUCAUGGGCUCAGUCGUCGAUACGCUGGCCCCAGGUUCUUCGCCACCCUCGAGGGAGACUAUCAAGCUGCAGCUCGAAGAAUGGUCCAAUCAAACGAAAAAGAUUUUGGAUAAAAUAAUGGACGCAGAUAGGCACCUCCUUGAGCCGACUCAGUUGAAGGAAAUGUCCUUGGGCCUCAAUAGUCUGAGAUUCCAGUACCUCCAUGUCGUGAUUGUUCUUCUCAAAGGAGACAAGCCUUCCUCCAAUCAACGUUUAGAGCAUCUAUUGUACUAUCCUUUCAUACCAUUCUUUGUGGUGUUCGAGAACCUAGUCCACAGCUCCACGUUCCAAGCCUCAGCGACAAUCGACCAUGACCUUGGUCUCCUUGCUACAACUGUUUCCUAUUUUUCGAGCAUGAGAGAUCAGAUGCAGCUUCUCGCGGUUUUAUGCUCUCGUUUGGAGAAUGUAGCGUUUGUGUUCCUCGAACUAGCUCGGAGACACAUACGACAUCGCCAUGCAACCAUUAACAAAACCCUUGAUUCCUCAUGGCCCCCACUACAUAGUCGGGCUGAAACGAAUGUCGAGGAAGUGGCAGCAGGAGAUAGCCUCCCCGGCCUCUCACAAGGCACUCUUGAUGACUUCACUUUGGGGGAUGGGCUAGACAUCGGAAAUUUCCUCAAGUGGCUGCCGGCUGACAUUUUCACAUCUGGGCCAUCUCUGGGGCUUGAUACGCGACAGAUUCUCGGAUCUGCAAGCAGCGGCCCUGAAGUUUCAUCCACAGCCGAUUUGCGAGGUCGAAAAAGACCGUUUGAUGCGACAUUCGAUUGGUUUUCGUGGGACGCAUAUUACGCCGACAUGCAUUUUCAUUAG